CCUAGUCAUAUUCUCUUUGUUAUUACCGCGAAUAGCGUAACAGAAUAAUGAAGUUUUUUGCAGUGAUUAUCCUAGCCUUUUGCAGUGUUCAAAGCAUCGCUGCCGAAGGUCUUGGUGACUUGAUCGGUGAUCUGAUCGCUUCGGAUACUUCAAACAGCCAAGUCGAUGACAUUAGUCAAUUGUCAAUCCUCACUGCAAAUGCCGACAACAACAUAGUUGAAGAUGAUAUUAGACAAAUCGGAAUUCUUUCAGCAUCGGCUACGAACAACUACGUUGGGGAUGAUGUUUCCCAAAUUGGAAUAUUCACUAACCUCGACGACAACGAAAUCGAUGGAAGUGCAUUCCAACUUGGAGGAAUCAACGACGCAAGUAACAACUAUAUCGGCGGUAGUCAAAGUCAAAUUGGUGUCAUUAGUAGCUCAAACAACAAUUAUAUUGCCGGAAAUCAAUUCCAAGCUGGAGGUUUACAACUCUCGAAUGGCAACGUCAUUGAAGGAUCUAAAACUGACAUUGGUGUCGGCCAAAUUGCAUCAAACAACGAAAUCGGCGGAGAUUACUUAGGAUUAGGAGUAGGCAAUAUCGCUACCGGAAAUUGUGUUGGUGGAGAUUUCACUCAAGGCGGUGUUGGCAAUGUUGCUAUCGACAAUUGUAUUGGUGGAAAUGUCGUUCAAGGUGGAGUUGGCAACGCACUUAUUGACGGCCAUGUUGGCGGAAACGUAGUACAAGGCGGUGUUGGUCAAGGAAUCAUUGGAACUGAUAUCGAUGGCAAUGUUGUGCAGGGAGCUGUUGGACAAGGAAUCAUUGGAGGAAGUGUUGGCGGAAAUGUUGUACAGGGUGCCGUUGGACAAGGAAUCAUUGGAACUGAUAUCGGAGGCAGUGUUACGCAGGGAGCUGUUGGACAAGGAAUCAUUGGAGGAAGUGUUGGCGGAAAUGUUGUGCAGGGUGCCGUUGGACAAGGAAUCAUUGGAACUGAUAUCGGAGGCAAUGUUGUGCAGGGAGCUGUUGGACAAGGAAUCAUUGGAGGAAGUGUUGGCGGAAAUGUUGUACAGGGUGCCGUUGGACAAGGAAUCAUUGGAACUGAUAUCGGAGGCAGUGUUACGCAGGGAGCUGUUGGACAAGGAAUCAUUGGAGGAAGUGUUGGCGGAAAUGUUGUACAGGGUGCCGUCGGACAAGGAAUCAUUGGUACUGAUAUCGGAGGCAAUGUUGUACAGGGAGCAGUUGGACAAGGCAUCAUUGGAGGCAGUGUCGGCGGAAACGUAUUCCAGGGCGCUGUUGGACAGGGUAUCAUUGGCACAGAUAUUAAAGGAGAUGUUACUCAAUUCGCUGUUGGACAAGGAAUUAUCGGCGGUAGUGUCGGUGGAGAUGUUACCCAAGGAGCAGUUGGUCAGGCCAUUAUCGGUACCGCUGUUGGCGGCGACGUAUUCCAAGGCGGAGUUGGUUCAGCUGUUGUUGGUGGCAGUGUUGGAGGAGACGUUGACCAAUACGGCGUUGGACAAGCGGCCGUCGGAACCUGUGUGGAAGGAGACGUCACGCAAGGCGGUGUUGGACAAGUAGUUUUUGGAAGUACCAUCGGUGGAGAUACUACUCAAAUUGGCGCUGGUAAUCUGGUCGCCUUCAGUGACACUUACGGAGAAGUAGAUCAAUUUGGAGCAGGCAAUGCUAUCCUUGGUGGCACAGCCCAUGAUGAAGUGAACCAAGUUGGUGGAAUUAACGCAGCUGCAUUCGCCACUUUCAAAGAUAGCGUCAAACAAACUGGCGUUGGUAAUGCUUUUCUUGGAAAUACUUUCGAAUGCGACAACUUACAAGAAGGCGGUGUUAAUGCUGCUGCUUUCAACCGUUAUUACGGAGAUGCCAAUCAACUUGGAUUAGGCAAUGCGGCCGCUUUCAACGAAGUCGAUGGAAAUCUGAAACAAAAAGGAAUUGUCAAUGCUGGUGUUGGCAAUAAAGUUGGUAAAGACAUCUACCGAUCAGGAUUACUCAAUGUUGCCGUUGCUGAUGAAGCUGAGGGAACUAUUAGAAACGAUGGUCUUCUCAGCGUUGGCGUUGGAAACAAAGCUGGAGCAGUCGAUACCAACGGAAUCGGUUUGGAACUGUUUAGCCAAUCCAAAGGAAAGGGUCAAGGUCUCCUUGGUCAACUUACUGGCGGUAUUAUCGAUGUUGGUUUGGAUCCCUCAAAGAUAGUCAAAGGAGUGACAAAUAGUGCCGGCUGUACUCUCGAAAGUCUCACUGCCGGUCUUUCAGGUGUCAAGGCUGCAGGUGAUGGCGUUGGCAAGGCCGCUGAUGGAGUUGGCAAAGGUGUUGGUUCCGCAGUUAAAGGUGCAUCUGAAUCUGUCAAAGGAACCACUAGUGGUUUAGGAGGCACCCUGCAAGGAGUCGGAGGCACCCUACAAGGUGUCGGAGGCACAGUUACUGGAUUAGCCGGAAUAACACAGAUUUUAGGUGGUCUCGGUAAACUUGGUGGUUCUGGAAGUGGUUCUGGAAGUGGUUCAACUGGAAGUGCAGGAGGCUGCAGUGGGUCAACUGGAGGCUCAACUGGAGGCUCAGCUGGAGGCUCAGCUGGAGGCUCAGCUGGAGGCUCAGCUGGAGGCUCAGCUGGAGUACCAAUAUGGGGCUUAACUGGACUUCCAAUUGGAGGUGGUUCAAGUGGUGGUUUCAUUGGUGGUGGUUCUGGAGCUAUAGGUUCAACUCAAGCCUCAGUCACCCGUACAUAUUCCAGUUCAACUGGAGGUUCAAUCAACUAUGGUUCAACUGGAGGUUCAAUCAACCAUGGUUCAGGAGGUUGUCCAUGUGGAAAUUAAAUGGGACGAGUGCUAAAUAUCUUGAAAGGUUUCCUUGACAAAAGGAAACUGCUUACUCAAACUUGGGUGAGAAUUUUGUAACCAUUACACAUUUUUCCAAUUUCUUUUUUGUUGCAUUUAAAUCGAUUAACGUAAAUAAAUAUUUUGUUUCUUGAA